GUUUUUUUUGUUGUUGUGGGUUUUGUUUCUGUUUUGUUUUUUAAAUGGGUUGUGCAUGGUGUUGUCCCCUUUUCCAAGUUCUACUCGCCCCUGUUUGUGUUCCCAAUGAGACGGGAAGGCCAGCAGUGUCAAACCCAAGGGGAUCAAUCCUGACACCUUCCUGCACUAAACACUUCUAAGCCCAGUUUGGCAUUUUGAGCACAGAGCUCUUGGCAGAUAUUUCUCUACCGACAAUUAAUUAAAAAAGAAUAACUGUCGUGGUGGGCAGCACAGUAUACAGGCUGCCGAAUCUCAGCCCUACUAAAUUUGUGGCAAUUCAUGGGGAAAGACCAGCACGCAGCUGAUAAGAUUUGUCUCUUGAUGGGUUUCAGUUAACUUCAUGCUUCCCUUAGGCAGAUGAAGGUUAUGCAGCUCCACCUUCAAGAAGGCAGGCAGUCAUUAGCUGCAUUCCUUAAUUACAUGGACUCUGCUGAAUGGCAUUCUCAAAUGUGGGAAAAGGCAGAAUGUUCAGUCACAUAUAUUUAUCUGUAAUAAACCCACAAAGACUUAACUGGACUGCCAGCCUAAACAGCAAAGUGUUAUGGGCAGGAAAUUCACAGCUUAACAUUUCUGUAAGCAGCCAAACUAAAGCCAGUAUGUAAAGCAGGGGCCAGCACACAACAAAAUGCCACUAAACACAUAAGAACUUUCACUAAAGAUACAGACAAAUAAAGAAAACCUGAAGUCACAAAAUAUGAAGUGUAAGACUUUGUUUUACUAGCAUAUUUUUCCUGUUGUCCCUUUGUCUGGCUUUUAAGGACAACCUGGAUGGCCAAACUGGCCACAAUUAUUCUGCUGUGAAAAAUUGGCAGGGGUGGGCUGAAGCUGUCUUCGUGCGUCAUUCUGCUUUCUCAUGGAAACCACUGCAAAAGAGAGACAGCAAUUGCAAAACAGAGUGCCAUUUCUCUUGUGUCUGUUCAUAGUCGCACUCUUGCUGUUGUGGAAGCACAGGCCUUAAAUGCUUCUCUGGUUACCAGUUUAGAGGGAGGUUCAAAAGCUGUGCCCUGGAGCAAGCAAGUCGAAGCUAUAGAAAAGAAAUUAGAGAGCAAGAUAAGAAAGGAAAAAAAUAUAUGGAAAUAUUACGGGAGGGAUGGAGGAGAACUGAGCAGGAAGGCAGGAUUCAGGCCGCUGCUUGGUAGGUAUACUCACAGGAUCAGCAUAAGACAGACCCAGGGUCUGCAAGAGAUGGGGGUGAGGACAGUAUGGUGAUAAAGUGCUAAGCGGCUCCUCUUCAUUUGCCCCUCAGCUGCAUGCUGUCGCUCUCCACUCUCCAUUCUCCUGAUUUUUAAAUGAAUCCUCCAUUAUCCUUUUCUUUGCUGCUCGUGACCUGAAAACUGGCCUCAGGUGGUGUCAGGAGGCCUUGGAGCAUGAGUUCAUCCAGUCUGAAUGUCUUGCCUUUUAAAAGCUUAAUUUUUUAAACUGUGUUGGAUUCAGUUUCUCUCUUAGGACUGCUUGGAGCAUGUUUAUAUAGUUUAUUACAGGGAGUAGGCUACAGUGAUGGAGGUCUGCUUUCUUCUACAGCUGAGAGCAUCCAUGUGAAACUAUUGCACAGUAAGACUUUUAAAAUACAGACGGAAAUGCAACAAAUUGGCAGUAUUCUGAUCCGUUCUUGGAGAUUUUAUUUUUGCUUUUGGAAGCUAUCAGCCUGACAAAUCUGAGGGAGAAAGAGGAAAGUCUUUUGAGGAAAUCCUUUAAUUGCUUGCCUUUAAAGAGAUGCUUUCAUAUAAAAGACUCAUCACUAUUAUAAAACUUGUAAUUAACGGCAUCUUCCAAACAACCUACUGAUAACCUUUGCUAUGUCCUUAGGCCCUGCAAUGCCAGAGCAGUACUGCAAAAUCUUAAGAUUCAAUAGAAGAACUGGAAACAGCAGUAGAUUGCUGUAUGUAUAUGUCCAAGGCAGAUGGAGGGAGAUGUUAAAAGGUUGUAUGUUUAAUUUUUAGCUCUAUCUGUUGUCCUGUGAAACGGGUUGUUUCUCACUGGGUAUGUUUACAGCACUCUUCUGAAUGGGUCUCUUUGAUAGCUUCUUCCUUAAAUACCACUUCUUUCAGACUUCAAUGGUUCUUUGGGCAGGGGCAAGGCACACAAUCAUGGUCACACAACAGCACACAGACCUCCUCUUCCUAAAGCCCUGGUGGGGCACAGCCUUGAAGUCACUGAGGAAACAUCACUUAAGUAAUGAUGUUCUCUUUUUCAGGCAUUGCCAUCCAUCACUAUGAAAAACAUCAUCCUAUAAGUUUGUUUCAAGCUUUCUGCCUCAUCACCUGCUUCAGAUAAGCUGUGCUCUGAGCUCUCCUGGGGAAGGUUUGUCCUUGGGGAGACAUGGCCUUCUGCAGCUGGAAGUGGCUUCUCCUCUUGGGCAGGCAGAACACCUUUGCCAAGGCUUGGAGGAGCAGAAGGGGAGGAGGCUCCUCUGUGCGCUCUAAGCGCUGCUGCCAUUGGAGUGCCGGCAAGUCUCUGGAUCCUGAGGUGAGAGCGUUUUUGGAGGAGAACACGGAGGUCACCAGCAGUGGGCAUCUCACGCCAGAGAUACGGCUGCGCCUCCUCACCCCUCGCUGCAGGUUUUGGAAGGAAAAACCUGACCUCUGGCCUUAUGGGGACCCAUUCUGGGCCAUUUACUGGCCAGGAGGCCAAGCCCUCUCCAGGUUUUCUUUCAGGUAUAUUUUAGAUAAUCCACGUGUUGUUAAAGGACGAUCGGUUCUGGAUCUUGGAAGUGGAUGUGGAGCAACAGCAAUAGCUGCUGUGAUGAGUGGUGCAUCGCAAGUCCUUGCUAAUGACAUUGACCCAAUUGCAGGAAUGGCAAUGAUCUUGAACUGUGAACUGAAUCACCUGAAUCCCUUCCCCAUCACCAUUAAGAACAUAAUUAAUUCAGAGGCCGGCAACUGGGACCUCAUUGUUCUAGGGGACAUGUUUUAUGAUGAGCAGCUUGCGGAUGGUCUGCACCACUGGCUGAGGAAAUGCAUCAGGAUACAGCGAACUGAAGUGCUGAUCGGUGACCCUGGCAGGCAUCAGUUUUUAAGCCACAGCAUUCGCAGUCAGUUGCACAAAGUUAUAGAAUAUUCACUUCCCGAAUACACUAGACAAGAAAACUAUGGAUUAACAUCAAGUGUUGUCUGGAGUUAUCAGCCCUCAAAUAGCUUGGAAAACUGUUGAAGCUGGCUUUCAAAUGGAUUUUGUCUCACUUGGUUGGCUUUUUUUUGUAAGUAUGUAAAAUGAAAAUGAGAAUUAAAUAUGGAAGAUAUCUGUUGAUGCCAAGUAGGUUACUGUACUGAUUCCAGUCAUACUCGCUGAGACUUUUGCUCCAUUUGAGGUAAAAACUACAUGUAAACUGUAUUCGAAGGGGCCUGCACUGAAGUGCAAAUCCAAAGACAAGUAGGACUUUGCAUGCUUGGUGUUUUUCAUGCAUAUUCAUGUCUUCCUCUCUGACAGUAUUGUGAAAUGUUUUGGACAUCCAGCAUACUGCUGUGGGGAGAAAGUGGUGGCUGAAAGAUUACUGCACUGCUUUUGCACAGUUUUGCAGCUUAUUUACAGAGAAGAUUGUUGCUGACAUUCAUAAAACUCUCCACUAGAUUAUUAGCUCAUAUUACACUCAAAGUGCCUUGCUCUUUUUCUGGAUAUCUCUUCUGAAUGUCAACGUAACCCAUUUGAAUCUCCCCUCCCCCUCUAUAAUAAAAAUUUACUCCUUCCGGAA